AUGACUUUCGUAGUGGAUGAAGUAAUAGGAUUUAACAAAAUUAAUGAAAUAAAGCAUAAUGGAAAAAGAAUCUUCUGCUAUUGCUACAGCAGGAUAAGGGGAUACAUCGAUCCAGGCAGUCCACUCCGCCCAUUUGUGGUGAAUGUAGAUUCAAUUAGGGUUUUGACAGUUCCUGGCCGGUUCGAACAGCCUCAGAGGAACAUUACUUCUUUUCUUUUAGUUGCAAAAGCGGUGAUCGAAGGUGCUCCGGACAUCUACGUAAAAAGUGGUAGCUCCAUAAACUUGACGUGCGUCAUCACGCAGAGUCCCGUUCCUCCAGUCUUCGUCUUCUGGUAUCACGAUGAGCGAAUGAUCAAUUAUGAUUCAUCAAGAGGCCAGAUCGCCGUUCAGAAAGCUGGCGGAGACACAGCUUUAUCUAAACUUUUCAUCAAGGAUGUGCAGCCAUCAGAUUCGGGAAACUACACCUGCUGCCCCUCCAACGCCGAAGCUACCAGUAUCACUGUACAUGUGCUCAAUGGAGAAAAGCCAGCAGCCAUGCAGCAUGAUGCUAAUCCUGGACAUUCACUGUCGUGUCCAUUCCAACCCCACCGAAUGAUCCACUGGUUCGUCACUCUGCUGUGGUUUAUCGUGAGGUGACCAAAUCAUAUCAUUCAUCAACAAUAAAAUUUAACCACUGAUGAAUUUUGUGCUAUUCCCAAACAGACAUUUUGCUGCCGUAGGGCUAAAAUAUACCAAAGACGUUUUACACAUCGUCUGUAAUAUUGUAAGUGGCUCUGCUCUUUGCUGGAUUUCAUUUAGAAAAGAGCAUUCAGUUAGAGGAUUCAUGUACUCGACGUCAAGACUGAACUUCUUUAACUGCAUAUGAUCUCGGUUUAAAGUGUAGAAACUUUGUACAACAGAUCAUAUAAGAAUCACAUAAAUAAAGGGAAUAUAAAUUAAAGGUGCUUUAGAUAUAAAACUUCGAACAGUGUAUUUCAAAUGCAAUCAAUUGUUCUUUCUAUAAGACUACUUGGAAGAACUUUGGAGCAUUCUUGCACGUCUGGAAACUUCAAAACUUGCUCACUCUCAUGUGUAAAACUAUUCUUCUGUUAACUAUGCUUGUUUUAGAUCAGAUAGUUUUGAAACCAUUCCAUCAACUGUAAAUUACCGAAGAACUGUGGAAGAUGGAAAUACGUAUAAUUAUUUUUUUCUUCGUAGUUAAUAUAUACAGAAUAUUGGGAAAAAACAUUUUAAAACAAAUAUCAACAAUCCAGCGUUCUUUAUUUGGCUUCUUUAUUUUAAAUAAAAUGUUACGUCAGAAAAACAACGUGGAUUGUAAAUGUCAGUCAAAAGGCAAAGAGUGUCUGAGAAGGUAAGAAUAUUAGAAUGAAGUUUAAAAUUAAUUGUUAUGUGGAGUUAGUUUUUCAGUUUCCUGAAAGUAUUCUUUUUGUGAAAUGGAUUGUAAGUAUUAAAAUAAAACUAUGAUUUUGUAUAUUAAAAUUUUCUUUUUAAUAAA